CGGCGGGCGGCGAGGCGGCGGCCCCAGGACUCACCGCCCUGCGCGCGCCGGCCGUAGCAGGUCCGGUUGGAUCGUGGCUCCGAGGUGAAUGAGAUGUGUAUGACCAGAUGUCUUAAGGAAUGCUACUGAAAAGAACAGAGGUGGUGACGUUAUCGAGGCAAUUGGGAAGCAUGUUGGCUUUGGAGAAACUGUUCUCUGAGGAUGUUGUUUCCUUUGGGUGAAAAGGCGAAAAAUACCACUACAGGCCACUCUUCAUGUCUGCAUUCGUCCUAGCACUUUCAGUGGCCAUGGAGGAGGAUUUACACCAGGGUUGCUGGUGAGACACUGCUUUCAGCCUCUGUGGACAUGAGCGACUCAAGGCCUUCUCAGGCAGAGAAACACAAGCUCAGCAGAGCCUCCUCCAAGUUCAAGGACCCUCCUAGAAUCAUGCAGUCCGAUGACUAUUUUGCUAGGAAAUUUAAAGCCAUCAAUGGCAACAUGGGACCUGCUACUUUAAAUGCCUCAAAUCCAGCUGACGGGGGUGGUGGUGGUGGGCCAGUCAAUGGUACACCAGCAAUGCCCAAGAUGGGCGUGAGGGCCAGAGUGUCCGAGUGGCCUCCCAAGAAGGACUGCUCUAAGGACUUGACCUGCAAGACACUGUGGGAAAGCCGAUCUCAGUCCAGCUACGAGAGUGUCGCCUCCAUCAGCCAGAACGGGCAGAACGACCAGGGUGAUGGUGCACAGGAGGAGCAGAUCGAUCUGGAUUUUGUCGAGGCGAAGUACACCAUCGGGGACAUCUUUGUCCAUUCUCCUCAGAGAGGACUCCACCCCAUACGUCAGAGGAGCAACAGCGAUGUCACCAUCAGCGACAUCGAUGCCGAGGACGUCCUGGAUCAACGCGCGGUCAACCCCAACACCGGGGCCGCCCUGCACCGGGAGUAUGGGAGCACGUCAUCUAUCGACAGGCAGGGCUUGUCCGGGGAGAAUGUCUUUGCCAUGCUUCGAGGGUAUCGAGUGGAGAAUUAUGACCCCAAGACAUCUGGCUCCUUUGGAUUCCCUGAAUUCUUCCCCUGCGACACGGCCAUCUCCCCAAGCCUCCAUGCCGCAGCCCAGAUUUCUAGAGGAGAGUUUGUCCGUGUCUCCGGAUUGGACUACAUGGACAGGGCCCUCUUGAUGGGGAGGGGCAGGGACAAACCCUUCAAGCGCAGGUUAAAAUCCGAAUCUGUAGAAACGUCGCUCUUCCGAAAGCUGCGGACCGCGAAAAGUGAACACGAGGCGUUCAAGUUCACUUCUGAGCUGGAGGAGGGCCGCCUGGACCGGGGCGUCCGCCCCUGGAGCUGCCAGCGCUGCUUCGCCCAUUACGACGUGCAGAGCAUCCUGUUCAACAUCAACGAGGCCAUGGCCACGCGCGCCAGCGUGGGGAAGAGGAAGAACAUCACCACGGGGGCCUCAGCGGCCUCCCAGGCCCCGGCGUCGUCGGCAGGCCCGGCGGGCGGCUGUGAGUCCCCCCUAGGGAGCAAGGAGAACCUGAACUCCAAGGAGAACCCGGACGCCGACGAGGGCGACGGGAAGAGCAACGACCUGGUCCUCAGCUGCCCUUACUUCCGAAAUGAGACAGGUGGGGAGGGCGACCGCCGCAUCGCGCUCUCCAGGGCCAGCUCGGCCUCCUUCAGCUCGGGGGAGAGCUGCUCCUUUGAAUCGUCCCUCAGCUCGCAUUGCACCAACGCGGGCGUUUCUGUCCUGGAAGUGCCUCGAGAAAACCAGCCCAUCCACAGGGAGAAAGUCAAGCGCUACAUCAUUGAGCACAUUGACCUCGGGGCCUACUACUACCGCAAGUUCUUCUACGGGAAAGAACACCAAAACUACUUUGGACUGGAUGAAAACCUUGGCCCUGUGGCCGUCAGCAUCCGGAGGGAGAAGGUGGAGGACCCCAAAGAGAAAGAAGGAUCCCAGUUCAACUACAGGGUGGCCUUCAGGACGAGCGAGCUCACGACCCUGAGAGGAGCGAUCCUGGAAGACGCGGUCCCCUCCACAGCCCGGCACGGCACCGCCCGGGGCCUGCCCCUCAAGGAGGUCCUGGAGUACGUGAUCCCUGAGCUGAGCAUCUCGUGCCUGCGCCAGGCCUCCAGCUCUCCCAAGGUCCCCGAGCAGCUGCUAAAGCUUGACGAGCAAGGGCUGAGCUUUCAACAUAAGAUUGGGAUCCUGUACUGCAAAGCCGGCCAGAGCACAGAGGAGGAAAUGUACAACAACGAGACGGCGGGGCCGGCCUUCGAAGAGUUCCUGGACCUCCUGGGCCAGAGAGUGCGGCUGAAAGGCUUCAGCAAAUACCGAGCCCAGCUGGACAAUAAGACGGAUUCCACAGGAACUCACUCCCUCUACACCACGUAUAAAGACUACGAGCUCAUGUUCCACGUGUCCACCCUGCUCCCGUACAUGCCCAGCAACAGACAGCAGCUUCUGAGGAAGAGGCACAUUGGGAACGACAUCGUCACCGUUGUCUUCCAGGAGCCAGGGGCACUCCCGUUCACCCCCAAGAACAUCCGCUCCCACUUCCAGCAUGUCUUCGUCAUAGUGAAAGUGCACAACCCGUGCACAGAAAACGUGUGCUACAGUGUUGGAGUUUCCAGGUCAAAGGACGUGCCACCCUUCGGCCCCCCAAUUCCCAAAGGCGUAACUUUUCCAAAGUCAGCCGUAUUCCGGGACUUCCUUUUAGCCAAAGUAAUCAAUGCAGAAAAUGCAGCCCAUAAAUCAGAAAAAUUCCGCGCCAUGGCCACUCGAACAAGGCAAGAGUACUUGAAGGACCUAGCUGAGAACUUCGUCACGACUGCCACAGUGGAUCCCUCUGCGAAAUUCAGCUUCAUCACCUUGGGUGCAAAGAAGAAGGAACGAGUGAAACCCAGGAAGGACGCCCACCUGUUCAGCAUCGGGGCCAUCAUGUGGCACGUGGUGGCACGGGACUUUGGCCAGUCAGCAGACAUUGAGUGUCUUCUUGGGAUUUCCAAUGAGUUCAUCAUGUUAAUCGAGAAGGCGUCCAAGAACGUUGUGUUUAACUGUUCCUGCAGGGAUGUGAUUGGGUGGACGUCUGGAUUAAUGAGCAUCAAGGUCUUCUACGAGAGAGGGGAAUGUAUAUUGCUGUCCUCUGUGGAUCGGUGCACAGAAGACAUUCGCGAAAUCGUGCAGCGGCUCGUGAUAGUGACGAGAGGCUGCGAGACGGUGGAAAUGACCCUGAGGAGGAACGGAUUGGGCCAGCUCGGCUUCCACGUGAACUUUGAAGGCAUAGUGGCUGAUGUGGAGCCCUUUGGCUUUGCCUGGAAGGCCGGCCUUCGCCAGGGGAGCCGGCUCGUGGAAAUCUGCAAGGUGGCUGUGGCCACGCUGACCCACGAACAGAUGAUUGACCUGCUGCGGACGUCUGUGACUGUGAAAGUUGUCAUCAUCCAGCCCCACGAUGAUGGCUCUCCACGCAGAGGCUGUUCGGAGCUCUGUCGGAUUCCCAUGGUGGAGUACAAGCUGGACAGCGAGGGCACGCCCUGCGAGUACAAGACCCCCUUCAGGAGAAACACCACCUGGCACCGCGUGCCCACGCCAGCCCUGCAGCCUGUUCCCAGGGCCUCACCCGUGCCCGGAACACCCGACCGUCUUCAGUGCCAGCCGCUGCUCCAGCAGGCACAGGCCGCCAUCCCCAGAAGCACUUCCUUCGACCGGAAGCUGCCUGAUGGCACCAGAAGCUCUCCCAGCAACCAGUCAUCCUCCAGCGACCCUGGACCUGGCGCGAGCGGACCCUGGAGACCACAAGUGGGCUAUGACGGGUGUGCGUCCCCUCUGCUGCUUGAGCACCAGGGCCCAGGCCCCGUGGAGUGUGACGGAGCCAGGGACCAUGAGGACGCCAUGGAGGGAGGCAGGCUGUCAGAAACCAAGUGGCAUGGCGCACCUUCCAAAGUCCUGAGCUCCUACAAAGACAGAGCACUGCAGAAGGAGGCGGCCUGCAAAGACUCUCCCAGCAAGCUUUCUCACGUCGGCGAUAAGAGCUGCUCCAGCACCUCCAGUAGCAACACGCUCUCCAGCAACACCUCCAGCAACAGCGACGACAAGCACUUUGGCUCAGGGGACCUGAUGGACCCUGAGAUGCUGGGGCUGACCUACAUCAAAGGGGCCUCCACUGACAGUGGCAUCGACACUGCCCCGUGCAUGUCUGCCUCCAUCCUCGGCCCCGUGCACCUGACGGGAAGCAGGUCUCUGAUCCACAGCCGCGCCGAGCAGUGGGCCGACGCGGCCGACAUCUCGGGAGCUGACGACGAGCCGGCCAAGAUGUACGCUCUGCACGGCUAUCCCGCCGCCAUCUCCACCAGCGGCGCCCCUGAGGGCAGCAUGGGUGACCUGAGCGAGAUAUCGUCUCACUCCAGCGGCUCUCACCAUUCAGGAAGCCCCUCGGCUCACUGUUCCAAAAGCAGUGGGUCUCUGGACACCUCCAAAGUCUACAUCGUGUCUCACAGUGGCAGUCAGCAGGUGCCCGGGGCCCUGGCCAAGCCCUACCACAGACAAGGGGCAGCAAGUAAAUACAUCAUUGGCUGGAAAAAGUCAGAAGGCAGCCCGCCGCCCGAGGAGCCGGACGUGUCUGAAUGUCCCCAGAUAUAUAGUGAGAUAGACGUCAUGUCCGCUGCCACACAGCAUCAGGCCGUCGUGGGAGACGCCAUCUCAGAACCUCAGCAUGUCCUGUCCAAAGACGACUUCCUGAAGCUGAUGCUUCCUGACAGCCCCUUAGUGGAGGAGGGGAGACGAAAGUUUUCUUUCUAUGGGAACCUGUCUCCGCGGAGGUCGCUGUACCGCACGCUGUCCGACGAGAGCGUGUGCAGCAGCCGCAGGGCCUCGUCCUUCGCCAGCUCCCGGAGCUCCAUCCUUGACCAGGCUCUGCCCAACGACAUUCUGUUCAGCAGCACGCCACCCUACCACAGCACGCUGCCUCCGCGGACGCACCCCGCACCCAGCAUGGGAAGCCUGCGAAAUGAGUUCUGGUUCUCCGAUGGGUCCUUAUCGGAUAAGUCCAAGUGCGCAGAUCCUGGCUUGAUGCCUCUUCCAGACACUGCCAUGGGGUUAGAUUGGAACCACCUUGUGGACGCUGCACGGGCAUUUGAAGGUCUUGACUCAGACGAAGAACUGGGGCUUCUCUGUCACCACGCCUCCUACCUAGACCAGAGGGUGGCCUCCUUCUGCACCCUGACAGACCUGCAGCAUGGGCAAGAGCUGGAAGGGGCUUCAGAGCUGCCCCUGUGUGUAGACCCUGCCAGCGGCAAGGAGUUCAUGGACACACCAGGGGAGCGCUCACCCUCCACACUGACAGGGAAAGUCAACCAGCUAGAGCUGGUACUCCGACAACUACAGACAGACCUUCGGAAGGAGAAACAGGACAAGGCAGUACUGCAGGCUGAGGUCCAGCAUCUGAGGCAGGACAACAUGAGGCUGCAGGAGGAGUCACAGACUGCCACAGCUCAGCUCCGCAAGUUUACCGAGUGGUUCUUCAGCACCAUCGACAAGAAGACCUGACCAGCCGCCCCCCCACCCUCAUGCAGGGACCACAGGGCUGGCCUGCCUGGUGUCCCUCGAAGGUCGCCAACCCGGCUUUUACAUGCGCUUUCCACCACCUAUAGGUAGAUGUCUCACUGUUCGGCUCUGUGUCACACCAUUCACCCCAGCAAGACGGGCCUCAACUGCUUUUGGAUAGCCACAGCGGAAGAUGAAUGUAACUCCUGGUAAAGGCAGAUGUAGCCGGCUGCUGGCUGAGAGGCUCACCAGACAGUGCUCUGGCCUGGGCUUCCCUGGGGAGGAGUAUAGGUGGUACUUUGUCAAGCAGGUGACUCACAGAGAUGUUAAGCCAGUGUCCCAUAGCCAGGGUAUAGUAAUGUAAAAUAAACAUGGAGGCAAAUAACCAGACAUAUACUUUAACGUUAAAGGUGCUCUAUUUUUUUGGAUGUACAGUAGUUUUAUUUCCACAGCCACAUUAUCAUAGCAAUAAGAAGGGAGGCACAGUAAGUAGUUGGCAAGCUUUGUCAGGGCUGAAAGCACUGAUGUGUUUAACACUAGUUCGAAUGCUGUUACUAUAGAGACUUAUUUAUUUGCAGGAACAAAUGGUGCCUGAUAUUAACAGUGUUCUGAUUUUUGUUUGAAGAAAAUAGUCUGCCUUGUAAUCAGCUUGACCUUCGACCUGUCAGUAGUCACUUCAGCGCUUAGGCUCACUUCUGUACAGUUGCUCCGCUGAUAAGAGUCGAUUUGCUUUACCUGCUAGGGCUCCCCAGAGGCUGUGAGCCAGUGGGAUCACGUGUACAAUGUCAGAUUUGUUUAUCUUUGUACAGAAGCUCCGAUGGAUUGUCUUGUAUUUAACACCCUUAUUUAAGCUUAUUUAACCUUAAGUUGUUAAUUUUAUGAGAUGUGGUUUCACCCACACUAGCUGCAGUGAGGGAGGGCGAUGGCAGUGAACGCAGUGCUGACCGCACUCGCCCCGGGUGGAUGGAAGAGGUGGGCGGACGAAGGCCUGGACGCUGCUAGUCACACGUCAUCUGUAUUGCUUUACCAUUUCUAACUGUUACAUUUGAGAUGAACAUACAUUUUGCUUUUCUAAUAAAUGUUUAAAAGAAGUCCACACAA